AUGAGAACCGCAGAUGGGCUCUUGUUCCUUGGCUGCAUAGAAUAUCACGUUCCCAACACUAUAACAACACUCUACUUCCACUUGGGCUUCCCUUGCAAGGAAGCGGGGGUGCAUAACACUAUCAACAGCGCUCGCAUUUACUGCGAGCAGAAGCUUGAACAAGGGGGCGACGGGCCGCUUCCCAAGAGUGAAGACCCUUUCCACGAGGACCUGGGCUACGGGGCUGCAAUUAACGUGGUUCCUUCUCGGCCGGACUACCGUCUUACCUGGGGCAUUCUGAAAGGUGCUAUGGAUGGCUUAUGGGAAUUCUUGGUGAUCGAGGGCCGAUACGUGGAGUCUGAGUUUGAUAUUUGCCAUGGAGCGUUGGGUUUGGUGGGCAGAGGCACGAUAAGAGAGGCGCCAGAGACAGGACUUGCACGGCAGAGCCGGAUGAGGGAAGCUACUAAUUCAUUCGGCACAUUGUUUACUUGA